AUGGAUCAAGAGUUUUCGUCGAAGGAUCUUCGCAAUGUAGGAAAUUACCAGCUUGGCCGGCUGAUUGGGAAAGGGUCCUUUGGGAAGGUCUACCUGGCAACGCACAAACUCACGAAUGGCUCGAAGGUCGUAUUGAAAUCGUCGAACAAAGAAGAUGCAAACCUUGCCCGCGAAAUCCAUCAUCAUCGUCAAUUCCUACAUCCGCAUAUCGCUCGACUUUACGAGGUCAUUGUGACAGAGAAGCUGGCAUGGUUGGUAUUGGAGUACUGUCCAGGUGACGAAUUAUACAACUACCUGCUUAACCACGGCCCACUUCCUGUCGAGAAAGUUCAGAGGAUCUUUGCUCAGCUCGUUGGUGCUGUCUGCUACGUGCAUAGUAAGCAAUGUGUUCAUCGGGACCUCAAACUGGAGAACAUUCUGUUAGACAAACAUGAAAAUGUCAAGCUUUGCGACUUUGGUUUCACGAGAGAGUACGAGGGUAAAGCGAGUUAUCUUCAGACCUUCUGCGGUACAAUCUGCUACAGCGCGCCUGAGAUGCUGAAGGGCGAGAAGUAUGCUGGCGAGAAAGUCGACGUAUGGAGUUUGGGUAUCAUACUUUAUGCUCUCCUGGCCGGCGAACUGCCUUUCGAUGAGGACGACGACCAAGUCACGAAACAAAAGAUCCUUACGGAAGAACCCAGGUUCAACGACAAGUUUCCAGAUGAUGCGAAAGCGUUGAUCCUGAAGUUACUAUCCAAACGGCCUCUGCUACGCCCAUCUCUCUCAGAAAUACUUGCGGAUCCGUUCCUAGCUGAGUUCGCGCCUGAACAACAAGCCAUUCUGAAGAUACCCCGACCAUCUCCUUUUACGACUCCUAUUGAGAAAACUACCUUGCAACGUAUGAAAAGUGCCGGGGUGAAUAUCGAUCAGGUCAUUGAAAACGUCCUAGCCCAAAGAUGCGAUGCUCUGGCGGGUUGGUGGGCGCUCUUGAUUGAGAAAGAAGAACGCAAAGAAAAGAGAAGGGAGCAAAAGCGACGAGAAAGGGAAGCUGAAGCAAAGAACUUGCGACGGCUGAGCGCUGCCAGUAGCCGUCUGGAAAAGAUAUCCGCCGCUCUGGUCGAAGUGGAUGAGGAGGGACAUGCUGCAACAGACACCCUUCAUACGCGGGGGAGAAGAGACAGGCGAAGCUUCCCAUCAACGCAGCUCACUGUCCCUGAGCUUCCUGAAGUACCGAAGCUCCCAGAUCUUGCUACUCUUGCUGCUCUACAGUCCCCAGACUUGACCAAGCCUCCGCCACCUAUUGACAAAGACUCUAUCCGCUCCGUGAGUUCUUCAAGGCAGCGUCCCGUACCGCCGCCAAAAGAGGGAAGACGUUCGCGGCCGAGCGUACUCCAUGUUAGCACUUCCCAGCCAGAACUGACACAACAUAAUGGGAUAUUCAAGCGACGUCCUACCAGCUCUCGUCGUCAUAACCAUCCGAUUCUCACUCAGCUUGCAUCCCUUAAGCAUUGGUUUGUGGAGUCGGCAAAACGGGCUAGGUCCCCUCAUCCAAAGACACCGCGAAGCAGCAAGCUUGCCGACAAGACGAGUCCCGCCAAACCCCAGGAUUCGGGAAAGAAACAAGUCAUAACCACUCCGACGCUGGGUCAAUUCGACGAGCAACAGACCCCUACUCAAAAGAGAGCAUCUAAUGCUAGCAGCCUUGCUCCUAGCAAUGCAUCUUACGCUAAUAAUCGUAAUUCCUACCCUCGUGCUCAACGUGCCGUCAGCGCCGCGUCCCGCCACCGUAAUUCACUCUCGCCGUCUCCUCUGACCCCACGGGGCUCAUAUCGCCGUUCUUCUGCUGGCCUGCGCGGCCGCAAGUCGACAAGUUCAUCCAUUUCCUCUGUUCGCAGUCUCCACCAUGUUCACACGCAUUCAAAGGCUUCUUCGGCUUCCUCCAACAGCAUCGACACUGUGUCCACGCCCACCGCACCCAGGGUCUCAAAGUCUCCGCACGCCUCGAUCAAGGUCCUUCCUACAACGCCAAAUGCUGUGGCCCGAUUUCCCAGCAAUAUCCGCUUAGUACGGGGUCCGUAUAAUGGAGCACGAGAUGUGAACGACCAGUCUGGCGGUAUUCGCUCCGUGUUCAAUGAGGCCGCGCCAUCCUCUCUCGUGUCGUCUCCUUCAUCUGGUCUCGUCUUUGCCCGACGAAAACGGUCCGCAUUCAAGGGCCCCAUGAUCCAUACUGCUAACCUUUUCGCGUCCAGUGGGAUGGGUACCCCUGGCUUGCCUGCUGGCGAACAGAGCUCUGAGGGUGCCGGUAAUAGUCUGGGACGCCCCCGGGCCAGAAAGAGCCAGAUCAUUGAGGAAGAAGAAGACAUAGAGGAUGAAGAAAUAGAGGAAGUGGAUGCCUUCAGUCCUCUCCCGGAGCGAGAUACUAGCUUUGAUACAGCCAGAAGAAGCGAGGAAAUUAGCACCAGUCUCCAGGAGGGAAAGGGGAAAGAACCGGACGCUUCUCUCACUGCGGAGCAGGAAGCAAAGGACUCGAAGCCAGUGCUUGCACCGGCUCCUGACUUGGAUUCAAGCCCUGUUCGCCCUCCACGCACCUCUUCUCUAGGAGCUCCUAAAACGGCUGACCCCGAUACAGUCCCGCCCGCGGCGAGUCGACAAGGCACGCCCGCUGAAUCUGCGAGCGAAACUACCAAGCUUUCGUCGGAGGGCGCUUAGGGAGAAAUAAAUUUUGGGUGAACGAUGAAUACUGCCAACACUACCAACUGGAUUC